UUCGCGUGUUAAUUGAGAGAUUGAGAUUAUUAAUAAACGUGUGACGUCUUAAUUGUAAACUCUGUUGUGUAAAUCACGUGACCAUUCGUGUAAAAAUGUCAUUUAAUUAAUCAUUUGAAAUGACGUCGACUUGAUAUCAUUUCUGAAGUAAUCAAAUGACACCUGAAAUCACGCGUUAUCAAUUGAUAUGAUAAUUUGAAAGGAUCGACUGAUAUGAAAUGAUAUCAGUUGAUAUUAAGAUUAACAAACAUGCUUAAUGCUUCAAAAUGCCUCACAUAUUGGUAAGAUUUAAACUCUGAGGGAUUUGCCAUCCCCAGAGUUAUAGACCCACUGUAUGAACAAAAAAGUCAAGGGAAUCGUACCUGUACAUAUGACCCGUUGUGAGAUAAGCACCUUCAAAGGUCAGUUUUUACCGUGAAUAGGUAUACUGCCUAUUCUCCGUGCUCCGUGUUGCUAUCGUUUGCCUUGACCGAUGCUGCGCAUGGCACGAGCAUUGGUUGAGUAAAACUGUAUAACGUCAAAUACUCUGCAAACGGUGAAGUGGGCUACUCAAAGCCGGUAUAGUCUCGUGGACUAGAUAGUUAAAUACAACAGAAUUAGUGGAGCGACUCGACUUGAUCGCAUGCAACCUGGAAGUAGGAUGAUUUCGUGGGGCUGUAUCUUACAUAGGGUCACAUGUAGAGGUAUUGUUUGACUUCUUUCAGCCCUUUGACUGCACUUUCAGCCCAUCAUUGAGGGCACAAAACUGUCGUAACAGACAUUUAACUCGGACUCUGAAUUACAUUCUUUAAUAACACAAGCAUAUGUUUCCUAUAUUUUUUACCCCUCGACGAUUGGCUGGGAGGUUCGAAAGUACUCGAGAUUAAGAAAGGAUGUGCGUGUGGUCUCCAAGAAAAGAUAGAAAUAAUAUAAAAGAAGACACUUCAAAGAAUUUUUGGAUCGAAAACCAGAAUAGUUUCAGUAACAAUAUUUCCACAAAUGAUAUUGAACUGCAGAAAAGAAAUUUUGAAAAUACUUUUAUAGAAGAAAAUAGUCAUUCGUACACAUUAGGAGAAUGGAUUAUUAAAGUUUAUUGGCGUUUAUAUGAAGCGAUUUUCUUAUCUUAUAGGCAUCUGAAGAAUCUUCUUACAAAUACAGUCGAAGAAAAUUUAAUUUUGGACGAUUAUCAUCAGCCUUGUAUGGAACCCGGAAGACAAGUAAUCGUUCAUCUUUUCGAAUGGAAGUGGGACGAUAUUGCAAAGGAAUGUCGAGACGUUUUGGGACCCAACGGAUUCGGUGGCGUUCAGAUAUCUCCUCCGGCAGAACAUGCCAUUCUGUGGGAACCUUGGUGGAAUAAUGACAUUCGGAGGGCUUGGUUUGAGCGAUACCGUCCUGUCAGUUACAACAUAAUUACACGAAGUGGAGACGAAAAAUCAUUACAAAACAUGAUUCACGUUUGUAAUACUCAUCAAGUUAGAGUAUUUGUAGACGUCGUUCUAAAUCACAUGACAGGAUUCCACGAUAAAGUACAAUCGACGGGCGAAAGCAAUUUUAAUCCUUCGAUUCCUUUUUACGGAGACGUUCCUUACGGUCCAAAACACUUCAAUUCUAGAAUCAAAUGUGGUACUGCAAGUGGUGAUAUAGAAGAUAUAACAAAUGUUUUUCAGCUCAGAAACUGCAGAUUAAUGGGACUUAAUGAUUUAGAUCAAAGUAAUUCUCACGUGCGAAGAAUGAUGAUUAAUUAUCUUAACAAAUUAAUAAGUUUGGGAGUUGCCGGUUUCAGAAUAGAUGCCGCAAAACACAUGUGGCCUUCGGAUCUGAAAUCUAUUUAUAGAAGUUUGGACAAUUUGAAUGAGAAGUACUUUCCUCUUCGGACAAGGCCUUUUAUUUAUCAAGAAGUGAUUAAUGAAGACAGUAACGAUCCCAUUAAUACAAGAGAAUAUACUUUUCUUGGAAGAGUAACAGAAUUUCAGUUUGGAAUAAAAUUAGCUGAUAUUUUACAUAAAACAGACUCUAAUGUGCUUUCUGAUGUAUAUUUCUUCGGAGAUAAAUUAGGAAUGCUUCGUUCUCAUAAUGCUUUUGUUUUUAUCGAUAAUCAUGACACGCAAAGAGGACAUGGAAUAACAAAAAAAGUAAUUACUUAUAGAGAACCCAGAUUAUAUAAAAUUGCCAUUGCAUUUAUGUUAGCUUGGCCUUACGGAAUACCACGGAUUAUGAGUAGUUAUGACUGGACGCAGAAAAUUGAUGAAAAUGAAAACGAUGUUAACAGUUGGAUUGGUCCACCUCAUGAUUCUGCAUAUAAUAUAUUAUCAGUUACUGAUAUGCCGGAUGGUAGUUGUGGGAAUGAUUGGAUAUGUGAACACAGGUGGAAAGAAAUUUUAAAUAUGAUCAGAUUCAAUCAAAUUUCGGGUAAAGUGCCCGUCUCUAAUUGGUGGUCAAACGGCAGAAACCAGAUUGCUUUCGGACGCGAAAACAGAGCCUUUAUUGCCAUUAACAACGAAGAGGACGAGGAUUUAGAUUUUCAUUUACAGACUGGCCUUCCUCCCGGUAUUUAUUGUGAUAUUAUCACCGGUUACUUGAAACAUAAUAGUUGUACUGGUAGAGUAGUCAUUGUUACGGAAUGCGGAAAUGCUAAUGUUUUUAUAUCGACCACGGCCGAAGUUCCUAUCAUUGCCAUCCAUAUCAAGAUUAUUCUGAAAAUGAAGAGUGUAACCACUAUAGAUCUUUUGCCACUGUAUACUAAGUUGGGCCUAUACUAAAUAAUGGAGGUCACCAUUCUCCCUUUCUUUCCUUACGUCACGGUGCCGGAUGCUAGUGCCAUUCUAAGGAUUAGUUCACACUGCCGAUGACAAUAACAGUGCAUCAACUAUCAAUUAUAAAGUAGAAAAUGAUAAAGUAGGUAAUUUUGACAUUCCUUUCAUUAUUAAUAUGACCCUGGAAAUAAGCUUUAAAAAAAACUUCUCCUUACUUGCACAAUUUGCAUGUAUGGAUAGAACCAAUUGAUCUUACUCGUGGCUUGAUAUUUUCUAUUCAACUUGAUCAUUCAGUCCUGUCCGUGAUCGUAUGAAUAUCACAUUCAAUCUGUUAUGCAUAGGGGCAAUUUUACAUUCUGUGUCAAGAUUGUAUUUGUUAUUUUGGAUUAAAAGCUAAGCUAAAAUUUCUUAUUUUACAAUAUUCUCUGCAUACUGUAUUUAUAAUUAACAUUUAGGCUUCCUUUUUUUAAGUAAAAGGGAUGAAUGGUGGCAUUAACGUUUAGCACAUUCUCAGCUUAGUAUUGACAAUUUGACUUGGUAUUCAUCUACAAUAAACUUCCCGAAUACCUUGAUACUUGACCAAACGAUUGCUGUAAUGGCUAUUGUUUGGUUUAGUAUUCGUCAUACAUUUUAGUAAAAUGUAUACAAUAAUUGCGCUACUUGUUUUUGAAAUGAUAGAACUUUAUAAUAUCGAUCAAACUAUGACAACAAAUUAACAUUCAAUCGAAGUUAUAGUGAUGUCAUGGCUGAGGCUAUUAGCUUUGGGGGGUGGUUUGUUUUACAGAGCAUUACAAGGGGUGAGAUGGUAGUUGAAAAGUAUAAAUAUAAGAAGAUAUCUUUGAAUAAUAAUAGUGCUUGUAUCGUCAUAGUAACAA